AUGCAGCGGCCCGACGGCAUCCCAGAAGAGGAGUGGAGAGGAUACGCCGGUGUCCAGCCAGGCUUUUCCUCCCAGGUGCCCACGCGCCCUCCCUCAGCCCCGCCACCCCAGCCACCUUCGUCGCAGGCGGCUGCCAUGGGAAUGCCAAAAGCGGCUGCUCCAGCUGGAGGGCAGCCAACGGCUGGCGGAGUCCGUGUGCUGCAACCACCUACUGGGCCUCCAGCCCAGGCACCUGCGCAAGCGCCCGGCUCGCCGACCCAGGUUGGCCAGCCCAUUCCGCCACCCGAGCCUUUCCAGGUCGUGCCUGCCAACAUGCCCGACAACCUUACGCCAGAGGAGCAGCGCAAGCACCAGGCUCUUUAUUGCACGACUCUCCAGGCUUCCCAUGCUCUCCGUGACAAGUUUGGCAUGGUGGGAAUCUUGGAGGUGGUUCGCAUGUCGGACCCUCAUCUCAAUACCCUGGCGCUGGGAAUGGACCUCACUGGCAGGAACGAUACCCCGCCACGCCGAGAGCCUGAGUACUACCUCCCUCAAAGCUACUUCAUGAACCCUCCGACUCCCAAGACGGAACACCUCCCAAAGUUAACCUUGGAGACUCUGUUCUACAUGUUCUUCAGUAUGCCCAGAGACAUGCACCAAGCACUUGCAGCGAUGCAGUUGUACGAGCGUGGCUGGUUGUAUCACAGAACAGAAAAGAUGUGGAUUGCGGCUCAGCCCCAGGAUGACAAUCAAGGCAACAGACGCAAUGUGUACUGGGAUCCAGUGGCUUGGGAGGUCAGGUACGUGCCGAAAGAGGUCGAUCCUGCUGGAUUCCUGACGAAGGAAGACGUGCGGAUCAAGCAUACUCCCCAGUGA